GUGUCCUUGCACGGAUAAGUUACGGCAGAGAGUACGGCUGUUAUUGCAAACUGUUUUGACACCACAUGUGAUCAAAAAAUUGUAAAUAAUGAUGGACAGCAGUCAACCAAAAGAGAAAAAAGUCAAGAAAAGGCCUCCCCCAGCCAGAUAUUUUUCUGCAUCCAAUGUUGACAAAGAGACACAUGAAGAUGGGCCAAAGGCAGAAAAAGAUGAGAAACAAAGACAGCAUAAUAAACGUGAAGACAGACGCUUAAUGUUCAAGAACAUAAAAAAAGAGGCAAAGAUUCGUAAACAAGGAUAUGAGGUAGAAAAGUACAAGACUAAGGAAGGAAAAGAGGAGAGUCAGCAAGUGUUCAAUAUAGAUAUGAUGAGAAGAAGUCAUCCACAGAAACGGUUUAAGGCCAAAGAUAAUCGAGAGAAAGGGAAACCUAAAAAUCUGACCUCAAGACAAAAGCUCAACAAACAAGGAAUGGAAAAAUCUUAUCAAGUAGACAAAAUGGAAAGAGAUCCAUACCCAGGCGAUAAACCAAUACCGCAGGAACACAUACAAAAAUAUGAACGUGGUACAGCUAUGAAAUCUAAAAAGAUGCGUUCAGAAUUUGCCACUGACAUGACAAAGAAGAAAGAAAAGAAGCUUAGUCUGGCUGCCAAACAGACAGCAAGGACCGAACUGUUGAUGCAGGAAAAUGAAGGGUUUUUGGAAGUUGAAGGUAAUGAAGAGACAGCCAACAUAUCUCAGCAUGAUAUAGCCGAGGUUGUUGAUGUUACCAGUGCUCAGAAGUAUUUUGAUUUGAAGUUAAAAGAUUUUGGCCCAUACAGAAUAAACUAUACUCGUAAUGGUAGAUUUCUAUUGAUGGGCGGGGCCAAAGGUCAUGUGGCAGCCAUUGAUUGGAUGACCAAGAAAUUGUUGUGUGAAAUGAAUGUGAUGGAGACAGUUAGCGAUGUAAGAUGGCUUCACCAGGAGACAAUGUAUGCAGUGGCACAGAAACAGUGGACAUAUAUCUAUGACAACCAGGGUAUUGAACUUCACUGUCUCAAGAUCUUAGACAGUGUGCUUAGAAUGGAGUUCUUGCCAUACCACUUCCUCCUGGCUACUGCAAAUUCUAAAGGAUAUCUAUCAUAUGUAGAUGUGUCAAUUGGGGAGAAAGUGGCUGGGUAUGGUACAGGUCUGGGGCGACUGGACGUGAUGUGUCAAAAUCCAGCUAAUGCUAUUGUAGCGCUUGGUCAUUCUGGAGGGACAGUAACACAAUGGUGCCCUAAGAUGAAGGAACCAGUUGUAAAGAUGUUAUGUCACAACUCAGGGGUUAGAUCUGUUACGAUUGACAAGUCAGGAUUGUACAUGGCAACUUCAGGUAUAGACAGAACGUUAAAGAUAUGGGAUAUGAGAACAUAUAAAAUGUUGCAGUCAUACAAGGUUCCGUCAGGGGCAGCUCAACUUUCCUUCAGUCAAAAGGGACUGUUAGCCUCCUGUAUGGGAAAUAUAAUACAGGUAUAUAAUGAUUGUUGCAGACAAAAAGUAACCAGUCCAUAUUUAGUUCAUGAUGUUCAUGCAUCAGUACACAGUCUACAAUUCUGUCCAUAUGAAGAUGUUCUGGGAGUAGGUCAUGCAGAUGGAUUCAGCAGUUUAAUUGUUCCAGGUGCUGGAGAACCAAAUUUUGAUGCUCUAGAGACAAAUCCAUACCAGACCAAGAAACAGAGACAGGAAGCAGAAGUUAAAAUGUUGUUAGAUAAGAUCCCAGCAGAGAUGAUACAUAUUGACUCCAGCAUUAUUACACAAGUUGAUAAGAAAACUCUCCAGGAUAAAAUAGAUGAGCACAAUAAAAUCAGGCCCUAUGCUGAACCUCUGAAAAUGGAAUAUGAACCAAAAUACAAGAAGAAGGGUCGGUCAAAAGGUGCGAAAUUGGUUCAAAGAAAGAAAGGCUUUGUGGAGGAACAUAAACGAAAAGAAAUUAAACAAUCCCUGCACAAGAAAAAACACAAAGCCAGACAGAAUGUUGUGAAUAAAAAUAGAAACUUAACUGGUGGCAAUGUUUUAAACAGAUUUAAGAGGAAGACAUAGUAGUUAUUGUU